AAUAAUCAAAUAUAUAAGUAGUAGUUAGUUUGUUAGUUAAGUAGUCAUCAAAUGUACAAAAAAGAGAGACCUAAGCUCAGUGUCACAGCAUUACUCUAUGGCACUCAAAGUCCCAAUACAUGGAUUCAACAACACUCAGCCUCAAACGGAGCGACAAACGGCGGGACGUCAACUAACAGUGGGUCGCCGUCCAGUUCUAUACCUCAAUCUCCAUAUCAGAGCUCACUUUCCAAUAACUUCAAUGGACCGGCCGUUUCAUCACCACAAGUGUCAUCACCACAAUCGGGAGGAGGAGGAGGCCGUUAUCCACCGAACCAUCCAUUAAGCGGGUCUAAGCAUCUCUGUUCCAUAUGCGGUGACAGAGCUUCGGGAAAACAUUAUGGCGUUUACAGUUGUGAGGGAUGUAAAGGCUUUUUCAAGAGAACCGUUCGCAAAGAUCUGUCGUACGCCUGCAGAGAGGAACGGAAUUGUAUUAUCGAUAAACGACAGCGAAAUCGAUGUCAAUACUGUCGUUACCAGAAAUGUCUUCAGUGUGGUAUGAAAAGAGAAGCCGUUCAGGAGGAAAGACAACGAACUAAAGAUAAAGGCGAUAAUGAAGUCGAGAGUACAAGUAAUUCACACCAGGAUAUGCCCAUUGAACGCAUCUGUGAAGCCGAGCAACGAAUUGAGCCAAGAAAUGAUGAAGUACGACCGGUGACCAAUAUAAUGCAAGCAGCGGACCGACAGUUAUACCAAUUGGUUGAAUGGGCUAAACAUAUUCCUCAUUUCACUGAUUUGCCGAUUGAAGACCAAAUGGUUCUAUUGAAGACCGGUUGGAAUGAGCUAUUGAUUGCCGAAUUCUCCCACCGAUCCAUGAAUGUUAAGGACGGAAUUGUUUUUGCCAACAACAUGAUUGUUAACAGACCCGGCGCUCAUGGAGCCGGCGUUGGCACCAUUUUCGACCGGGUAUUGACUGAAUUGGUUGCGAAGAUGCGCGAAAUGAAAAUGGAUCGGACAGAACUGGGAUGUCUGCGCUCUAUUGUCCUCUUUAAUCCCGAGGCAAAAAAUCUGCGAUCAACACAACAGGUGGAAACAUUACGGGAAAAAUUAUACGCUGUUCUCGAGGAGUAUUGCAAACAUAGCUAUCCGGACCAACCGGGAAGGUUUGCCAAACUUUUACUCAGACUACCAGCACUUAGGAGUAUUGGUCUCAAAUGUCUUGAGCAUCUGUUUCUGUGUAAACUUAUGGCCGACACACCAAUCGGUAAGAAAGAAGCCAUAGAUAAUUAUUUAAUGACAAUGCUAGAGUCCGGUAACGACACCUAAUUAAGAAAAACCAUUUAAAGAAAGACAUCGAUUACUAUUUUAAAAGUUUAUAAACAAAAAUGUUUAUUAUAUUAUUGAUUUAUAUAUAUUAUAUAUACAGUACUAAAA